AUGCCGCCCCGUCUCCCCUGGUCUUCCAGUUUCCCGGCGUGCUCCGGGCCCCGCCAAAUGGGAGGGGGAGACGCAAGAUGGCGGCAGCCGCGAACUCCGGCUCUAGCCUCCCGCUCUUCGACUGCCCGACCUGGGCAGGUAAACCUCCGCCUGGUUUGCAUCUGGACGUAGUCAAAGGAGACAAGCUCAUUGAGAAACUGAUUAUUGAUGAGAAGAAGUAUUACUUGUUUGGGAGAAACCCCGAUUUGUGUGACUUUACCAUUGACCAUCAGUCUUGCUCUCGGGUCCACGCUGCACUGGUCUACCACAAGCACCUGAAGAGGGUUUUCCUAAUAGACCUCAACAGCACACACGGCACUUUCUUAGGUCACAUUCGGUUGGAACCUCACAAGCCUCAGCAAAUUCCCAUCGAUUCCACAGUGUCAUUUGGCGCCUCCACAAGGGCCUACACUCUGCGGGAGAAGCCUCAGACGUUGCCAUCGGCCGUGAAAGGAGACGAGAAGAUGGGUGGAGAGGAUGAUGAGCUCAAGGGCUUACUGGGGCUUCCAGAGGAGGAAACCGAGCUUGAUAACCUGACAGAGUUCAACACUGCCCACAACAAGCGGAUUUCAACCCUCACCAUCGAGGAAGGAAAUCUGGACAUUCAGAGGCCAAAGAGGAAGAGGAAGAACUCCCGGGUGACUUUCAGUGAGGACGAUGAGAUCAUCAACCCAGAGGACGUGGAUCCCUCAGUUGGUCGCUUCCGGAACAUGGUGCAAACAGCAGUGGUCCCAGUCAAGAAGAAGCGUGUGGAUGGCCCUGGCUCCCUGGGCCUGGAGGAGUCGGGGAGCAGACGCCUGCAGAACUUUGCCUUCAGCGGUGGACUCUACGGGGGCCUGCCCCCCACACACAAUGAAGCAGGCUCCCAACCACACGGCAUCCAUGGGACAGCGCUCAUUGGCGGCUUGCCCAUGCCCUACCCAAACCUCGCUCCUGAUGUGGACUUGACUCCUAUUGUACCAUCAGCAGUGACCCUGAACCCUACACCACACCCUGCAGUCUAUAAUCCUGAAGCUGUAAACGAACCCAAGAAGAAGAAAUACGCAAAGGAGGCUUGGCCAGGCAAAAAGCCCACGCCUUCCUUACUGAUUUGAUAUUUUUGGUCCUGGCAAAGGGUGGGGCUGGGUGGGAGUGGGGUGGAAGGGUGUUGGGGAGCUAAUGAACUAGGGAGAGAACUUUCCAUGUGUGCAGUAUCGUCUUUCAGACUGUCUCCUGGGUCCUAACCAUGGACCAGUAAGACGCGGGCGGGGGGGGUGGAUGAAGACCCGCCUUCCGGAGAUGUGGCAGAGAAAGCUUUCUGUGUCCUCUUGCCGGAGAGCCCUGGCCUGCCGGCGCCUCCUUCCUUUCUCCUUCUAGGUUCAUCUUUAUGUGAUGUCACAUACCCCGGGGUGGCUCUAGGCUGUCAGGCUAGGUCGAGAGCUGUGGAGGUCUCCAAGUGUCCCCAGCCCUGGAGAAGCCCCGGAGGGUCAGUGAGAAAGUCAAGAGCGCUUCAGCUGGGCUGGGGUCCCAACUCCCGGGUCCGUGGUUCCGAGGUCCAAUGAGUGUUUGUUUUUCGUGCUUCUGUCGGAUGAGAACAUUCUGACGUCCUCCAUCUGUGAGCGACGACUCAAUAGUUUUUAAUGUACAGUAUUGUUUGCACUUGACCUGUUUUCUUGUCAAAUCUGAGCACUCCAUUUCAAUCCACAAGUACUGCCCUCCCUCUGAGGCGUUACUUUGCAGGUGUGUGUGAAGGCAGUUAGGACAGUUGAAAUUGAAAAGGCAGAGGUCUGACUGGGCAGUGACUAGGAUCUCUGAGAGGACCUUGUUAGCUGUUUGUAUGCACCCUCCCCCGCCCCCACCCUGUUGAGAGCUCCUUCCCAGCCCAGAGACCAGGCCUAAGGGACGCAGGAGACAGGUAGGACACGUCGAUGAGCUUUGUACAGAGAUUUGUACAUUUGUGUAAUAGGCCUUUUCACGCUUUCUGUGUAGCUUUUUACCUGUAACCUUUAUUACAUUGUAAAUUAAACGUAACUUUUGUCA